AGUAAAAUGACAAAAAAUUGUUCGCAGUGAUCAGCACAUUAAGGUUUAAAUGUUGCUGUUACAUUUAGUAACCGUUGCUUUGCACGUUUUAUUGUUGCACGGCAAUGUAUCAAAUGCAAGACCAAUUUUCAGUGCCAGCAGUGAUCAGAUUUUGAACAACAGAAUGAAGAGGUCGGAGCAAUCGAGUGUUUUGUUAGAACUUGACAGCAGCAUGGUAUUGAAUGGGGAGAGUCACUCACCUUUGGAAACACUUCGAAAGAAGAGAUCAGAAGAAGCUUAUCGUCCUUCCAUUUCUCCCACGGGUCUUGAUAGAAAGAAGAGAUCAGAAGAACAAGAAGAAGCUUACCGUCCUCCCAGGGGUCUCGAUAGAAAGAAGAGAUCAGAAGAAGAAGACGCCUAUCAUCCUUCCAUGGGUCUCGAAAGAAAGAAGAGAUCAGAAAAAGAAGACGCUUAUCAUCCUCCCAUGGGUCUUGAUAGAGAGAAGAGAUCAGAAGAAGGAGUUUAUAAACCUCCCUUCGGUUUUGAUAGAAAAAGGAGAUCAGAAGAAGAAGAAGAAGCUUACCGUCCUCCCAGGGGUCUCGAUAGAAAGAAGAGAUCAGAAGAAGAAGACGCUUAUCAUCCUCCCAUGGGUCUUGAUAGAGAGAAGAGAUCAGAAGAGGAAGUUUAUAAACCUCCCUUCGGUUUUGAUAGAAAAAGGAGAUCAGAAGAAGAAGAAGAAGCUUACGGUCCUCCCAGGGGUCUCGAUAGAAAGAAGAGAUCAGAAGAAGAAGACGCUUAUCAUCCUCCCAUGGGUCUUGAUAGAAAGAAGCGAUCAGAAAAAGAAGACGCUUAUCAUCCUCCCAUGGGUCUUGACAGAGAGAAGAGAUCAGAAGAAGGAGUUUAUAAACCCCCCUUCGGUUUUGAUAGAAAAAGGAGAUCAGAAGAAGAAGAAGAAGCUUACCGUCCUCCCAGGGGUCUCGAUAGAAAGAAGAGAUCAGAAAAAGAAGAAUCUUAUGCCUCUCCUAUGGGACUUGAUAGAGAGAAGCGAUCAGAAGAAGAGGACGCUUAUCUUCCUCCAAUGGGUCACGACAGAAAGAAAAGAUCCGAAGAAUCUCGGAUUUAGUUUUUCACGUUGGAAGAUACAUUUUUGAUAACCAGGACAACAAAACGGAAAUCCCUUUUUUGUUUUCUUUCUUUGACUGUUUUAAUAUUCGGAAAUAAAAGAAUAUAAUAAGCUUGA